UGCUUUCUUCCAAGAUGGGGGACAACGAGGGGGAAGUUUUGCGUGGGACUUUUCCCAGCCUCAUGGCGGAAGGAACUAUGCUUAGCCGGCGCGGGGAGCUCAGCAAAGCUCUGUCCUAUUACACUUACGCCUUACAGCUUCAACCUGGUGACAGGAACUGCCUUGUUUCCCGUUCAAAAUGCUACUUAAGACUUGGAGAUACAGAAAAUGCCCUAAAAGAUGCAGAAGCCUCUCUGACUGCUGACAAAGAAUUUACUAAGGGAUUGUAUCAAAAAGCAGAAGCCUUGUAUACCAUGGGUGAUUUUGAAUUUGCUUUGGUCUUUUAUCAUCGAGGGCACAAGCUUCGCCCUGAUUUGCAGAAAUUCAGACUGGGUAUUCAGAAGUCCAAAGAAGCAAUUGAAAAUUCAGUUGGAAGUCCAUCAUCCGUGAGAUUGGAGAAUAGAGCGGACCUCUGCUUUUUGAGUCGCCAGGCAGAGAGUAAAAAAGCAAAGCAAAAACUCCAUAUCAAAAAGGAUGCAAAGUACCUAAGUAAACAACAGGCCCCUGUGAGGAAUGAGAAGAUGGAACGGCAGCUCCUAGGAGAGCUCUAUGUUGACAAGGCUUUUCUGGAAAAACUGCUCAAGGAUGAAGAGUUGAUCAAAAGCGUUACCAAGCAGGGAGUAACUGUUGGAGACUUACUUCAGGAGGGUCUUUCCUACCUGGAUACUCGCACAGAUUUCUGGCAGCAGCAAAAGCCUAUUUAUGCCCGGAUCAGAGAUCGCAAGCUUAUGUUGAAAAGAUGGACCCGGGAUCAAAAGCGGAAGCCCUCUGAGGUGGCAAGAUACAUACUAAAGAGCAUGGAGGACAUUGAUAUGCUGCUGACCAGUGGCUGCCCUGAAAGAAGUUGCCAGAAAGCUGAGCAAGUACUGAAAAAAAUCCAGAGCUGGUCUGAUGAUGAAAUCCCCAACAGGAGCGAGCUGGUUGGAAAUCUUUACAGCUGCAUUGGAAAUGCUCACAUUGAGAUGGGGAAUAUGAUGGCAGCUUUGCAGAGCCAUCAGCUAGAUCUGGAUAUUGCCAAAGAAAACAACCUGACUGAUGCCAUCUCCAGAGCCCUUGACAACAUUGGUCGAGUACAUGCCCGUAUGGGCAACUUUCAGGAAGCCAUUGACACCUGGGAGGAAAAGAUUCCUCUUAUGAAGAGUAACUUGGAGAAAACUUGGUUAUUCCACGAAAUUGGCAGAUGCUACCUAGAACUCAACAAAGCAGCUGAAGCUCGAGACUAUGGUGAAAAGUCCUUGCAGUGCGCAGAGGAAGAGGGAGACAUUGAGUGGCAGCUCAAUGGUGGUGUAUUGGUGGCACAGGCACAGGUUAAACUGGAGGAUUUUCAGUCUGCAGUCACAUACUUUGAAAAGGCUCUAGAGAAGGCAAAACGUAUCCAUAAUGAUGCAGCUCAGCAGGCAAUCAUCAUUGCUCUGGAUGAAGCCAACAAAGGGUUCAUCAAAGAGUUGAAAGAAGAACAGAGACUUGAGAGAAUGCGUGAAUUGAAAGAAUUAGAAGAUGAAGAGGAGGAAGAAGAAGAGUUGGAGGAGGAAGAACUCAAGAGAGAUGCAGACGAUACAGAAAAAAAGAAGGAAACUGAGAAACCUGAAUCUGAAGAAGUGAAAGAGGUAUCACCCCAAGAAGGAGAAGAGGUGCUUGCGUCUGGGAAUGGGGAGAUGCAACAGAUGGAGGGAGAACCAGAUCAAGGAGAAACUGAGAAGAAAGGAGAGGAACAGGAAGAACCUGGGGGAGAAUCUGAGAAAGAAUUAGAACCUGAACCAGAAAAACCGAGUGAGGAAACUAUAGGAUAACUGCUUUUGGUUUGUUGAAAAUUGCUUUUAGUUUGUAAUUUAGGAACUGUCUUGUUGUGGUAAUCAUUUUGCCUCACAAUAUUUUCUGCCCACAUUAUUGCUUGUGAUGUUCAGGCUACUAAAUAAAAUGCAAAUAAAAUAAUUAUUAAGUAUAUAAUUUUAUAAAGAGGUUGCAAGAAAAUAGGAAAUAUACAUUCAUAUAGGACUCUUUUAAAAGUUUAGUUAAUUGAAAUAAAGAGCAAUAAUUCUGAGCAUAUUUCAUUUUAUAUUUUAUAUUGUUUUCCACUGAAUAGCUCAACCAAUUAAAGUUAAUCUUAGAUGCAAGACAGCUAACUGAUUGAAGGAUUUCUCUAAUCAGUUCGCAUUAUAAAUCUGAAUUUAGGCAAAAGACAGCAAGCAUCUGCAGAAUGAAAUCUUUCAGUAGUGAUAAUUUUGGAUAUUAAGUUGCAUAAGAGGUUCUGUUGUACAAGCAAUUUAGAUGUGAGUUCUACCCAGAUUUUGGAAUCUUCCUUCUGCAAAAGCUGAACCAUAUAUUUAAUACUUUUCUAUGUGGAAGAGAAGUUACUAAGAAAUACAUUUGUGAAUGCAUGCAAGUAAGAAAAUAAAAGCUAUUCAGAACCUAAUAGUAAUAGACAUCUGUAUAUGAAAAUGCUGCUU